GUGAGCUGGUGUCUUUGCAAGCAUUUACAUCAGCAUCGUUUCAGAGAAAUCUCUGCUGCCACAGCUGUUGUCAGCUAGGGAGAAGGAUGCACUAGGCAGAUCAAGGGAUGGAGAAAGAAACAGGCUGUUACAGUGGGAAGUACCUCAGCAGCAUUUUUUAAGGUACAGUGAUUGAUUUCCACUGUGUACCUCAGCAGUAGGAGCUAAACCAGGAUUCCAUCCUCAAACCCCAAAGCAGCAGACAGCUGCAUCAGGAAAUACUCUGAUUCAGGGUGGGUCCGUGACUGAUGAAAGACAAGAAGGCUUUUUAAUGGAAAGGAUUCAAAACAUCUAAACUUCCUGACAUCACAGCAACAUCUUCUGGACUACGAGGCAGCUUUUUACCUCAUUUUCAAGUCACUGUUUUCUGGCCACAUUUCCCUUUCUUUGAAGGAUGGGUGAUGGGCCUGUGACUGACUCUGCCCGCCUGCCUCGUCCCACCCUUCAAUGGAGCCAAUGUGGAACUCCUCCCACACACCUCCACAGCCCACAUCCAACAUGUCUGCCUCCUCUCUGCCUGAAGGCUGGGCUCUGUCCCAGUCGCUAGCCCUACUGGCGAUGCUGCUCAUGGAUCUGUUGGCUGUGGUGGGUAAUGUCGCUGUCAUGGCGGUCAUUGCCAAGGCCCCGCAGCUCCACAAGUUUGCCUUUGUCUUCCACCUGUGCGUGGUGGACCUUCUGGCAGCCCUGGUGCUGAUGCCCCUUGGCAUGCUCUCGAGCCGCGCCUUCUUCGGGGAGGCCCUGUGCAGGAGCUACCUCUUUCUCAGUGUGUGCCUAGUCAGUGCUGCCAUCCUCUCUAUCUCUGUCAUCAAUGUGGAGCGUUAUUACUACAUCAUACAUCCGAUGCGUUAUGAAGUGAAGAUGACCAUUGGCCUGGUAGCUUCGGUGCUUGUAGGGAUAUGGGUAAAAGCUCUGGCCAUGUCUGCUCUGCCACUGCUCGCUUGGUUCCUGCAGGGUGGAAAAACUCCUCUUUUGGAGAGUAGCGGGGUUGAGGGAGGGGGUGGCGGUGCCGUGCCACCUCCCCCGGCUCAGGGUCACAGGCGCUGCUCACUGCACUGGACAGGGGGAGGGUCAAACCGUUUGGCCUUCAUGGUUCUCUUCACUCUGGUGUAUUUUCUGUGCCCACUGCUGGUGAUUCUCGUUGUCUACUGCAACAUGUUUAAAGUGGCCCGGGUGGCUGCCAUGCACCACGGCCCACUGCCCACGUGGAUGGACACACCUCGCCGCCAGCGGUCAGAGUCACUCAGCAGCCGUUCUACAAUGGUUACGAGCUCCGGGACAGGUACUGGAACUGGCAGAGGAACUCCACAACGCCCUUUUGGAGGAGGGAAGGCUGCAGCAGUGUUGGCAGCAGUGGGUGGGCAAUUCCUUUGUUGCUGGCUGCCCUACUUUACUUUCCACCUGUAUUCAGCACUGGCUGCCAGCCCUCCAGCCACACUGGCCUCUCUGGAGGAAGUGGUCACCUGGAUUGGCUACUUCUGCUUCACCUCCAAUCCCUUCUUCUACGGCUGUCUGAACAGACAGAUCCGAGAGGAGCUGGGCAAGCAUCUGCCUUGCCUGUUUCGUCGAGCGGGGAUCGAGGUGGAGGACAGACUGCCCAGCCGUGAAGGAUCCAUAGAGGAAAAUUUCCUUCAGUUUCUUCAGGGCACCGGCUGCAACUUGGAUCCUCAAAACUCUCACAGCACUUCCAGUCCUAAGGGUGAGGCCUGCUGCCCUGUGGCUCAGUCACAGCCAGCCGAGCCGGCACAUGCCAUACCCAUUGAUUUCCGUAUCCCAGGACAAAUUGCAGAGGAGACUUCAGAGUUUAUUGAGAUUGAACAGGCGAAAAACAACCAUAUAUAUACAGACAGCUGACUCUUCAAUGUCUCUAUAUUUUGAAAAAUACGUUCAAAGAAACACAGUCUUUCAGGAAAACACGUGUCUCUAUUUUUUUCUUGAAAGCUGUCCACCAGGUAGCUAAAUUCAUUUUAAAGACUAAUAAUUGUAUCUUUGGAUCACUGCACUUUGCCUCAUCAGUUUUCAUCCUUGUUUUUGAAAACAAUCAUGGUUGAACAGUUAAAUGCAGAUGUACAAACUUUUGCUU